AUGACGAUUGACAUUACUCAAAGGCCCUCCGGGUCUGUGGUCAUUAUCGGUGCUGGAACUCAAGGGAGACGACUUGCAUUCAUGUGGUCGGGAAGAGGUGGCUCUGUUUGUCUUGUCGAUCUCCAGGAGCAGCAAUUGCAAGAUGGUCUAAGUUAUGUGCAUCAGCUUCGCAAUGCAGCAGUCGAUCAUGACAGAAAUUGGGGUGAUGUCACAGUUUCCCAACCUGACUCUCUGGAAUCCAUUCUUCAGGACGCAUGGCUGGUAGUCGAGUGUGUGCCCGAAAAUUGGGCAUUGAAGCAGAAAGUCAUCACUCAGCUUGACAAUUUGGCUCCAGCACAUACGAUUAUUGCUUCCAACUCUAGCAGUUAUGGAAUCUCCGAGAUUAUCGAGGGGCUAGAUCUGAAGCACAAAAACAGGAUAUUGAGCGCACAUUGCUACUGGCCUCCAGAGACAUCAGCAAUCGAAAUCAUGGGACAUCAAAACACUGAUCCUGCCGCAAUUUCCCUACUCUUGGAGCAAUGCAGAGCUCAUGGCUUCUCACCAUUCCAUGUGAAGAAAGACUCUAUUGGUUACAUUUAUAACAGAAUUUGGGCCGCUAUCAAGCGUGAGACGCUACUAGCACUUUCCGAAGGGGUUUGCACACCUCGCGAGAUUGACGCAAUCUUCAAGGAUGUUCUGAAGACACCCAAGGGCCCAUGUGAACAGAUGGAUGUUGUUGGCCUCGACGUGGUGUUGGACAUUGAAAAUCACUACGCCGACUCCCGGGCGGGUAUCCCUGCCGAGCCGAGAGCGUACCUCCAGAACAUGAUUCAGAAUGGGCGCUUAGGUGUCAAGAAUGGGGAAGGCUUUUACAACUACGGUAGCGAGACUACUGAGACCUGCAAUGUGAUGAGUACGCCGAAUCUAUAG